CGGGCGGGGUUUCGGUGACGGCAGACCUGGAUGCCCGGGGCAAACGCAGCCCCACAGCGGGCUGGCUGCGGGUGGAUAAAGCACGUCCUGAGCGCGGAGAUGAAGCUAGGGCCUGAUACAAACACUAACGUGAGCAGCGAGAGGCCUCUACGCUUCCCCGCAGCGGGCUCCCCGAUCGGCCAGCGCUGCCGGACGGGAGGACGUAAGCCCGUGGCCCCGGACUGGCUGCCCAAGAGCGCUGCCGGCGCCGGGCCGCUAGUUAACGGGCAGCGCGCCUGAGUCGCGGCCAGGGUAGCCCCGGCCCCAGUCCCGCCGGGCGGCGUGAGGGGGGCGCGCUCCCCUCAGCCGCCGGCCCGGCUACAUAGGACCUGAGGGGCGCGGCGGGCGGCGCUGCCUCCCCCUGCCGGAAACCAGGUCGCCCGGAACUGUCGGUGGCGGCUGCGCCCAGGCCCAGCGGCGGCCGCCAAGAUGGCGGAGUACGUGCGGGUGCUGAGGCGGGCGCUGCAGCAGCUCGGGGGUCAUGGCGGCCUCCGCGGCGCCCUCUGGCAGCUGCUCAGGGUCAACGAUUUGAAGAUAGGUGCCCUAGUAGGUGUUGACAAAUAUGGAAACAAAUACUAUGAAGACAAAAGGUAUUUUUUUGGUCGUCAUAGAUGGGUUGACUAUACUACUGAAAUGAAUGGCAAAAAUACAUUCUGGGAAGUGGAUGGAAGCAUGGUGCCACCGGAAUGGCAUCGUUGGCUUCACUGCAUAACUGAACAUCCUCCAACUACUCAUCCACCAGCUGCUCGUAAAUUCAUUUGGGAGAACCACAAAUUCAAUCUGAGUGGCACUCCUGGGCAAUAUGUCCCUUUCUCUACAACGCGUAAAAAGAUACAGGAGUGGGUCCCACCUACGACUGCUAAGAAAUAAUUGAAAAGCCUGACUUGCCUAAAACUAGGUUCUCAAUGUGAACUGUACCUUCAUUGUUUGGUUGGUUUAAAAUAAAAGCCUCUGACAAAAGUAAAA